AUGAAGAGUCGUCGUUCGUUACCGGAGAAGGCAUUUCUCAUUGGCGUGGCCCUGGCCGGUCUAAUCGGCGGCAUGCUACUCGUCUCCAGCUUCAUCGGAUACGGUCCAAUUAGGGAGACUUCCCUACUUUGCUCACUCGCAGGCGGCGGCUCUAGAAGCUGUGCCGUGGCCAACUACUCGCCCACGCCGACCCAGCUCGAAGCCAUCAUCCACUACGCCACGUCACGGGUGGUACCACAGCAGUCGCUGGGUGAGAUCACGGUCUCCUUCGAGAUCCUCAAGUCACGCGCCCCCUGCAACUUCCUCGUCUUCGGGCUUGGCCACGACUCACUCAUGUGGACCUCGCUCAACCCACAUGGCACCACGCUAUUCCUCGAGGAGGAUCCCAAGUGGGUCCAAACCGUCCUCAAGGACGCGCCGUACCUCCGGGCCCACACGGUCCCAUACCGGACGCAGCUCUCCCAGGCCGAUGAGCUGCUAUCCUCCUACCGGUCGGAGCCGCAGUGCUCGUCGUCGAAUGGGGUCCUCCGUGGCAAUACACAAUGCGCGUUGGCCCUGGACAACUUGCCAGACGAGGUUUAUGAGAAGGAGUGGGACCUGAUCAUGAUCGACGCACCGCGUGGGUACUUCGCAGAGGCGCCAGGUCGGAUGGGCGCUAUAUUCUCGGCGGCCGUGAUGGCGAGGAACAGGAAGGGAUCCGGUGCGACUCAUGUGUUCCUCCACGAUGUUGAUCGGAAGGUGGAGAAGGUGUACGCGGAGGAGUUCCUGUGCAGGAAGAACCUGAUCAAGGCCGUAGGGAGGCUUUGGCACUUUGAGAUACCGUCUGUGGCUAACGUGAGCGAUGGUGCUAGCAACGGUGCUAGCUUUUGCUAGAAUGCAUAGAGGGCUGCUUGAGGGGUGGGGGGAAUUGGUGGUCACUGUUGUUACCGUCGUAUUUGUUGUCUACUUUUGUAGAGACUAUAUAUUAUUUAAUGAAAUAGAAUUAGCUACGGUAUUUAAUAAAAGGU